CACAUCAUCUACCCCUACACCGACAACUACCACAAAGUCUACUACAACAACACCAGAACCUACCACAUCAUCUACUCCUACACCGACAACAACAACAACAACAACAAAGUCUACUACAACAACACCAGAACUUACUACACCUACUCCUACACCAACUCUACCUUGCGAAUGUCCAGAAUGGGCCAAAAAUUUCAGUGGGAUCUUCUACCUUUGUCACUGCUAUAUGGCGAGGUGCACAGAAGACUGCAUCAUAGAAGUUAUCCCAUUGGAAUGCCCUCCACUGCAGAACAUCACCUGUGAAAAUGGCAAAGACCCAGUGCUUGUCUACGAUGAGUAUCACUGCUGCCAAUAUUAUGCAUGUGACUGCGUUUGUGAAGGCUGGGGUGACCCGCAUUACCGCACAUUUGAUGGACACUUUUACAGUUAUCAAGGAAACUGCACUUAUGUAUUAAUGGAGGAAAUCAGUCCUCGAUUCAAUUUGAAGAUCGACAUCGAAAGUGUCUACUGUGACCCUGUUGAGCAUGUAUCCUGUCCCAGAUCUAUAAUUGUGUCUUACAACAAUCUAGUCAUAACACUCAUAAAUCACAAUCUCAUAGGAGGUGCAGACCUAGAGGCUUUUGAGAACAACAAAAAGAUACCACUACCAUAUACUCGUAAUGGUGUGAGAGUUGUAAACUCAGGCCUAAACUUGAUUCUGACUAUUCCACUGCGGGGUGCUAAUAUAACAUUUGGAGCCACAGGCUUUGAAGUCAGUCUGUCAUACCAUUUUUUUGGAAACAACACACAAGGUCACUGUGGUACAUGCAACAACAACCAGGCUGAUGACUGCAUGAUCCCUGGAGGGAUCUUGGUGGACGACUGUGCAGUGAUGGCAGAUUACUGGCCAGCCAGUGAAAUUUGCACUCCAACUGCAAAAACUACAUCUAAGCCUUGCCCAGUUAAUCCUGACUGCGACCUCCUCAAAAGCGACUUGUUCAAAGCAUGCCAUUCCCAUCAGUCCCCCGAAAACUUCUUUUUAGCAUGUGAAUAUGACAGUUGUCAUAUGAGCAACCCUGCCGUGGUGUGUACCAGUCUGCAGGCUUACGCGAGGUCUUGCUCUCAAUUAGGGAUCUGCAUACACUGGAGGAACUACACUAACCUUUGCAAUAUUGAAUGUCCAGCAGAUAAAGUCUUCAAUCCUUGUGGUCCAGCUGAGCCACCAACCUGUGCUGAUAUACCUGGAGAGAACACAAUUAAAGUGCCCACAGAGGGCUGCUUCUGUCCUGAGGGCUCAUUGCUCUUCAACAAGGAGUCAGGAGCCUGUGUGAACAAAUGCGGAUGCCUGGAUGCCUCUGGAACACCACGUGAGUUCGAUGAAGUUUUUGUGUACAACUGUGAGGAGUGUAUCUGUGACAAGGCCAGCAAAUCUGUAAACUGUCCAAACUCCAAGAAGUGUCCUGAUGUGAACCCUGCGAGCUGCACUGAGCCUGGCUUUGUGCUGGUCAAUGCCACUGAUCCUUCAGACCCAUGCUGCAGCAAACAAGUUUGCAAUUGUGAUGUCAACAUGUGCCCACCUAUGGAUACAAAGUGUGCAGUCGGAUAUGCACCAGUCCUGGAAGUGCCUGAUGGAAAAUGCUGUCCAGUAAUCAAAUGCGAGCCAAAGAAAGUGUGCGUCCACAAAAAUGUGGAGUAUGAGCCUGGUACCGACAUCAAUGUUGUUGACUGUCAGGAAUGCAGCUGUACGUGGGACAUGGAUCCUAAAACGCAGUUCUUCCAGAUCAAAUGUGAAUUUGUGCAGUGCAAUAAGAAAUGUGAUCCUGGUUAUGAAUAUGAUGAUACGAACUUUGACGACUGCUGUGGAAAGUGUGUGCAAACUCACUGCAUUGUCAAUGUCAAUGGCGUCGAUCAUAUAUUGAAGGAAGGAGAGACUUUGCCCUCUGCAAAUCAGGGCUGUGAUAGAAUCACGUGUACUAAAGUUAAUGGACAGUUCAUCACCAACAAAUACACAGUCCAGUGUCCUCCUUUCAACAUUUCCAACUGCCAGCCUGGCACUGUCCAGCUGUCAUCUGAUGGCUGCUGCAAAGUUUGUUCGGACCAAAUGAAGGGAUGUCAAGUACAGACCGUUCUCGAUUACAUAAAUCACAACGACUGUCAGUCAGAGAAGAGAAUGGACCUGACAUUUUGUGGUGGAGACUGUGCUAGUUUUAGCAGGUACACUGAACCUGGAUUGUCCUCUUGUACCUGUUGCCAGGUCACUCGCGCAAGCAAUCGCACAGUGAAUCUUAGUUGCAUAAAUGGAGACAUAGUGGCCUACGCGUACAUCCAUGUUGAGGAGUGCGCCUGUAGCAGAACUAACUGUUAUAAAGCGGGAGUGGGCCACACACUCAUUGAAGACAGCCAAAGAAAACGCAGUUUAGGACUUCCGUGAGCAGCAGCAGUAAAUCAUCCACACGAAGUCACUGAAAUAUGAAUUCUGUGAAAAACCUUGUUUGGAAAUUAAUUUAAAUUGCACAUGCUUUGUUUAACAUUUCUAAAACUUGAUCUA